GAGUUUCCAUCCAUCUCGAGUUCUCUACAAAGAAAUUAAGCUGCGCAAAGGCCCAGGUCCAAGACUUAAGAUCGCUUCAAAAGCCUCUGAAUCAUUACGUACUGGUCCCAGCGCCCUUUUAAUGAUGCCUACCUAAGUACUUUGCUAACACUGUAAUAGGAACCGGUACCAUGUAUUGCCCCCUCUCUUCGAAAGCCAUCAUGGCUAUCUUCGCUAUUGCUUCCACUGUCCCUCAAGUGACUUCCAAAGGGAUCAACUGUCAAGGCAGUGCUCUAUGUAGUACCUGUCCAGCCCACACUCUCUCUGAAAUCAACACCAGUAUCCAAGGCCUAUCUGACACUCAGACUUUUCCUAAUGGUGCUCAUAUUGCCUGUUCCGGACACUGCUGCGCCUUCCUGCAGAACGUUCAGGGGACAAAGACUGGUGCUCAAAUCAAGGGCUUCGUGGGAGAUCUGCUCGCACACGGCUGCGGCAAAUGCGGUAGCGACCCUACCGAGCCAGGAAACAACGUCAACACGGGAGAGUUGACUGUCAACUACGUUUCAGACCCAUAGAAAAUAGUACUUAUGUCCUAAGGGGCGCCGACGAGUACCAUGUUGGCUUGGUUGUAGGGGCUAUAAUCGGUUUACCAUGGUUAGGGUAGGUUAGGGGCUGGAGCGGCUUACUACCUAGGCAAGAAUAUCGUGGAAGCCAUUUGUUAUUAGGACUUUCCUUGACAAAUAUAGAAGGGGAAUUGCGGUGGCUUCUAGUGGAAUACAUUAUACGGUUUCAAUACAUUCCUUUUGAUGACUACCUAAUUAGGUACCUACCUAGGUAGCUUUAAAUAAACUACCUUUUCUUUAUAAAA